UCCGUUUGUAACGGCUGUAUUUCUGCACAUCCAGUCUUUCGGCGGUCAUGGCCAGGAACGAAUUAAUAAAAUGACGUGUUCCCGCGUACAAGGAUCUUCGUGUAUUUGCAUGCACUAGGCGAGGGUUAUCAUGGCGAAUGUAGAAUGUCCACUGCCGAUGUAGACGAGGGAAAUCAUGAUAGCAGAGAACGCGUCGCGCCAUCUAGUCUUGUACGGUGCCAUCGCAUGUCGCGUAGCUGGAUUGAUCUAGACGGGGGGCUCGCGCCGUGCCUUAUAAUAUCUGUGUGGGCCGGCGGCUCGCGCGACGAGGCAGGUUGGACUAUAACAAGCCCUUAUACCGCAAUAGAUGAAGGAUAUGUCACCUCGCUUGCGCCCGGCUUCGGUUAUUAUGCGUAAUUGGCCCGACAGAGAUAAGUCUGCGUGCAGCUGUACCACUGCAACAACCUUCCGCAUCUCACUGUGCCAAGCACACCUGCGUGCCAUGACACGAAGUCCAGAGCACGAAUCCAACAGUGCGAGCGAUCCGAAGAUGUCGGUUUCUGAUACUAGUAGUACGCAGUCAACGAGAGACAGAGAGGUGGCGGGCAC